GACUUUGUUUUUUCUAACUUGAUCUCUUUAUUAUAUAAAAUAUGGUUAUUGAUAUAUAAAGUGAUUAGCAAUCAAUAUUCAGAAUUAAUUAUUCAUGAUGGUAAAUCUCUUCUUCUUCAUGAUGAUCAUCAUCUUCAUCAUCAGCAGGUUUAUUAAUGUUGGACUUUCCUCUUCCCUUGAACACGAUUCUCACUUGCUGAAACGUGGUGUUGUUCAACAGAAAUACUUGGAAAUCACUCGUCCGUUGCCUUUCGCUAAUCUCACUCCUUCCUGCACUCUUCCUAUUCUCACUCAUGACUUCGGAAAUACGAUGGGUCUUCCACCUAUCUCCGUUGAUUACACUCCUCCAGAGAAGUGCUGUUGGAAGCAUGUGGCUCUUCAAUUCAAUGCAUCUUGCAAAGGAGUACAUGAGUAUGAUCGUAUAGCUGCAGUUUGGCUGGAUGGGGUUGAUCUCUUCCGUACCAGUACACCCGAGCCUACUGUAAAUGGCGUUUUCUGGACGGUUACUAAGGACGUUACGAGGUACUCGUCCCUCUUAGUCAAGGAGAAUAUUUCUCUUUCUGUUAUGCUGGAAAAUUUGGUCGACGAUGUUUAUACAGGUGUCUAUCAUGUCAAUGUUACUUUCUUAUACUAUGAUAUUGAUGACAUGGGUGUUCCGUUGUCAAGUAGAAGUAAUCGGAAAUUGAGACUGGUAGAUGAUGUGUUUGUGGAUAAUCGGAUAAGAGGUGAUAAACAAGCAACAGCAGCGGAUUUGAUAAUGCCUAUUUCGGGUAAUGGAGGUGAAGGGUUUUGGUUCCGAAUUCAAAGCGAUUCAGAAUUGCAUGGGAAGAGUGUGAUCAUACCGAAGAACACGUACAAGGCUGUCAUGGAAAUUUGUGUAUCAUUUCAUGGGUAUGAUGAGUUUUGGUACUCGAAUCCCCCUGAUUCUUACAUAAGGGCAAAUAAUUUGACUAGCCAGAGGGGCCACGGAGCGUACAGGGAAGUUUUGUUGAAUAUAGACGAGAAUUUGGUAGGAUCCGUGGUUCCAUUCCCUGUGAUUUACCCAGGUGGAAUUAAUCCCCUGUAUUGGGAUCCAGUUGUUUCCAUUGGGGCCUUUGAUCAUCCUUCUUACGACAUCGAAUUAACUCCAUUUUUGGGGGUUUUACUUGACGGUGAAUCCCAUUUCCUGUGGUUUAAGGUGGUGGAUUGUCUCCCUUUCUGGCUUGUGGAUGCCAAUUUGCACCUUUGGGUAGAUAAACAAUACACAGGUAGUGAUUGUCAAGUGCAAGCUAAAAUUAUUGAUUCUGGAACUCCAGACUUGGAGAUGGAGCGAUCUUCAGACUUUGAGGGGCUAGAUGGAUCAUGCGAGGUUGAGAUGAAGAGGAAGAGCCAGUAUCGUGGGUGGGUGAAGUCAUCAGCAGGCAAUUUGACAACUACAGUUUCACGACAACUCAAGUUCAAGAACAAGAUAAAGUUUCACGACAAGGGUAAUGAAAAGAAGGUAAAGCAAAAAGUGAAAGAAAAGAUUGAAAUUAGUGUAGAGUCUGAAAGGGGCAUCAAGAUUUCUCAUACCAGUCUGAAGAGGAAAUAUCCUCUAACUAUAACCACUAAAUCAUCAAAAGAGGAUGAUGGUACAAUAUCGAUGCUUUCUGAAUUAGAAAAUGAAUUGUGUGAGAAGAAGAAGUGGAGUGAAGGAGAUUCUGGUUCUUGUUCAAGCAGUUUGAAAAAUGGGCAAAAAUGCAAAGGGCGGAUGAAUGUUCAAGAUAAUGUUGUUGUUCAAGGUGAAGCAACCACUGAACAGAGUUAUUCAUAUAAUGGUGAAGCUAGUAGCUAUUCUCGGGAAAUUACAGCUGCCAAUGGCAGGCUUAUAAAUGACACUGCAAACUACUUCAACUUGGCUUCAUUUUCUACUAUGUAACAUUUUUCAAGUAUCCUUUCUUGUUAAUAAAUAAAUGCCUCUAUCUCUGCGUGUACUGCGUCGAAUUAGGGCAGACUUGACAUUUA